AUGUUUACUAAUAACUGGAAGGAACGGACCUACUUUGACUCUGGCGAUUUCGCUCUUUCCACCACUGAUCAUAUGACCGACAACGGCGACGUCCACACAGGCAAAGCACAUCCCCAUCGGGAGAGCAUCUCGCGACCCUAUGCCCCUAUCCCAGCCGCGAGUAAUGUUGAUAAGGAUGCCACCGAAGAUUUGUAUAGGAAGAGUGUGGGUCCCAAAGAGAGUCCUCUCCUCCAGAAAGAAAAUUCUGAGGAUGAAGAACCCACAAGGGAGAAGGGAAAGGGCGAUCCUACCUGUCGCGAAGGUUAA